GUGGUGGGUGGGGGGGGAGAAAAGCGGGGUUGACUGCCUGACUGAGUAGCUUGAGGAGGCCGGAAGUGAUAGCUGCAGCUGAGUCUGUUGAGCGGCAGGGUCUGUCUCGAGUGCACUUCUCGUGGCCGCUGCUUCCGUUAGCUUCCUCCUCCCUCCUUUUCGUCGAUGGCCGAAUUCGAUCUCUUCGGCGCGCCCCAGCCGGCGGCAGCAGGAAACGGAGCUCUGGGUAGCGGUGGUGGUGAGGAGGAUCCAGCCGCCGCCUUCCUGGCCCAGCAGGAGAACGAGAUCGCGGGCAUCGAGAACGAUGAAGGCUACAAUAUCCUGGAGAACGGAGAGGUGCCGGCCGGGUUACAGGGCCAGGAAGCGUUCUCUAUGGAUGCAAUUGAUGGAGUGACGAAUGGUGAUGUCUACCAGGAGAGCAACGGCCCCACAGACUGCUAUGCUGCAAUCUCACAAGUGGAUCGUCUGCAGACAGAACCAGAGAGCAUCCGCAAAUGGAGAGAAGAGCAGCGGGAGCGCCUAGAAGUGCUUGAUGCGAACUCUCGAAAGCAAGAGGCAGAGUGGAAAGAGAAAGCGAUAAAGGAAUUGGAGGAAUGGUAUGCAAGACAAGAGGAGCAGCUACAGAAAACAAAAGCCAACAAUAGGGUGGCAGAUGAAGCUUUCUACAAACAACCCUUCGCUGACGUGAUUGGUUAUGUCACAAACAUAAACCAUCCUUGCUACAGCCUAGAACAGGCAGCUGAAGAAGCUUUUGUGAACGAUGUUGACGAAUCCUCUCCAGGCACCGAGUGGGAACGCGUGGCUCGGCUCUGUGACUUUAACCCCAAGUCGAGUAAGCAGGCGAAGGACGUGUCGCGCAUGCGCUCUGUGUUGAUUUCACUCAAGCAGGCUCCGCUGGUUCGUUGAAGGGAAAGCACACAAACACUAUAAAUGCAAUAUCUUUAACUUUACUCAGAGAAGCUGUGUUUGCAGUAAUUGGAUUAAUUAUGUUUAAAUGUUUUUUUGGACCAAACCUCAUUAUGUAUUUAGAGUUUGAUCAUUGUUUUGUGAUUGCAUGUUCUUCCCUCAUCUGUGUCCUUCCAGCAUCCAAACUGGGAGGAAACUUCCAGAACUGUAGUCUCUGGUCUCAUGCAUUGAGAUCUCACUUUCAGCUGUACUGAUAUUAAAGGUCUGUUUAAACAGCA